AUGGCUGCCCCCAUUGAUACGUCGCAUGUGUUUGUGUAACGCUUUGGUGAAUAGACUUGCCUUCGGUGGUCUUCUUAAUAUACAGUCUCCGCGUCACUCUGUUACACACAAAGCGUUUGCUUUUCCCCUGGUCUUCAGAAACAUGAAAACAAAAUCUUCUUCUCACAAAUCUGAGAACACGUACAGGUUUCUUACCUUCUCAGAACGACUGAGCAAUGUAAAUAUUGAUAUCAUCCAUCGCAUUGACCGAACAGGGAGCUAUGCUGAAGAGGUUGAAACCUAUUUUCAUGAAGGACUUGAGAAAUGGAGAGAGCUGAACCUCACUCAGCAUUUUGUGACAUUCUACAGGGAAGUCAUCAACAAAUGCCAGUCUUUCAACCAACUAGUAUAUUAUCAGAAUUAUAUUGUACAAAGCUUGAAAACUCACCUGCAGUUGAAAAAUAGUCUUGCUUUUCAGCCCCUUUUGGAUUUGGUGGUUCAGUUGGCACGUGACCUACAGGCAGAUUUCUAUCCUCACUUUCAAGACUUUUUUCUGUCCAUUACAAAAUUAUUGGACACUCAGGACACUGAGCUGCUAGAAUGGGCCUUCACCUCCCUUUCCUAUCUUUACAAAUACUUAUGGAGGCUAAUGGUCAAGGACAUGUCCAACAUUUAUGGGUUGUACAGCACCCUUUUGGCCCACCACAAACAACAUAUCAGGAAUUUUGCAGCAGAAAGCUUCACUUUUCUGAUGAGAAAGGUUUCCGAUCAAAAUGCUCUUUUAAAUUUAAUGUUCCUUGACCUCGGAGAGCACCCACAAAAAGUGGAAGGAGUGGGGCAGUUACUUUUUGCAAUGUGCAAAGGUGUCAGAAACAUGUUUCAUUCCUGUGCAGAAAAGGCUAUCACAUUAAUUCUGAAAAAGAUGGGCCCAGUUACAGAAACAGAAGUUGCCCUUCCUUGGAUCUCUGUUGAAGAGGCUUUCAAAUCCAUGGUGAAGUCUGCUGCCGGUUUUGUUUCCAGAGAGCAUUUUGAUGUUUUAUUCAGAUGCUUGCAGGAAUCAGUAGUCACACUGCAAGAGAAGAUCACCAAGGACAACUGCUGUGACGCUUCUGAGCAGAUUGAAAGGAUACUGCAAGUGUAUUUUACCUUAAUAGACUAUGCACAUGGAUCCAAAAUACCUCAACCUGAAGAAGUUUGUAAGACGUUUAUACAGUUGGCAAGCAUACCUGACCUCUCAGUUCCCUGCCGUAAUACUCUCCUCCCAGAGUGCAUUUCUGCACCUUGCUCCAUACACUGCUGAGAAUGCUGUGCAUUGUUAAAUGGAUUCUUUACAGACCAAAGAGAGCAAGUGGAA